AUGAAUUAUGAAAUUUGUUGUUCAAAAGAUGGUUGGCUAUUACUAGUUGGAGUUAAUAAAAGUUUUCAAUUUUUCUUCAACCCCUUUACAAAAGAAGAUCUACCACUUCCAUUUGAGCAUAAACGAAUCACGAAUAUCAGGUGUUUUGGCAUGUCACAUUCUCCAACCUCUUUUGACUGUGUGACUGUUCAGUUGGAUAAUGGAUCAUCUACCAUUACGACAGUAGCCUAUGUACAUUUCCUUUCGGAAGGAGUUGGUGACCGUAUCAGUUUUAAAGACUUGACAUUUCCUCACUACUCCACAAGUCCUGCUUUUCAUAAUGGAUUAUUUUAUUUUCUUAUCUUAACAGGGAAGUUAGCAGUUAUAAAUCCAACUAGAGGAGAAAUAAGUUGGAAAGUACUUGAGGAACCUCAAGCUCCAUGUAGCAGCUGCUUCAACAACUUUCUAGUUGAAUGUGAUGGCAAUCUAUUGGCAGUAUUUGAGAUUUCUCUUGGAAAGGAGGGGGUUAGAGUUUUCAAGUUGGAUGAGUCUACAAUGACAUGGAUGAAAAUUGAAAGUCUGAAAAAUCAUAUGCUUUUUGUUGGCAAAACAUCCUUUUCAGCUGUGGCAAACAUUCCUGGACUCAAGUCGGAUGAGUCCAUAAAAGUUAUAAAUGCACAUUUUACAUCAUCUUGCUUAAUAAUUAUAGCUCUAAAUCUCUUAUCUUUUCUCACCACCAACAACAGAAGAUUAUUUUUGUUUGCUAUUAGUUGUUUCAAGUAA